GAAAAAUCCUUCGGCCGCGAUAGAGUCAAGCCUCCGUCGAAGGCUCGAAGCGAUCACCGUCACGAGCAAAUAGAGAGAGAGGCGAAGAUGGUGGCAGGAGAAGUAAAGAGGUUAGAGAUGAUGCAAGAUCUCUUCGGAGAUAACUCCGAGGAAGAAGAAGAAGAGAUUGAAUCCGAACAUGAAUCCAAUCCUCACCCCAACUAUCCUUCCGAUGAAGCUGAGGGAGGUGUGGAGCCUGUAGAAGAAGAAGGUGAAGAGGCUGUGGUUGAAGUUGACGUAGAAGCUGAAUCUGAGGGGGAACAGAGAGAUGUAGAAGAACUUGGCCAUGGAGAAAGUGAGGGUGAGAGGGAGCAAAGUUCACAGGAAGUUGAUGUUGCUGAUCCAGUGGAGGAAAGCGAAGAAGAAGAAGAAGGAAAUGAGGAGAGAGUAGCUGUGAAUAGGAGACAAGAUGUUGUUGAGAGUGGGUCAGAGAGGUCUGGUGAAAGGCGUUAUGAGUCUGAAGAUGAAGAGGUUGAGCAGAGAAGGAUUCAAAGAUCACCUAGUGAGGAGAAGGAAGAAGCUCCAGUUGCACAAUCAGACAUUAAUAUCCGUAAUGUAUUUGGAUCUUCGGAUGAUGAAGAAGACGCAGAAGAGUAUGUUCGUAAUGACAUUGAGCCUGAUGAACCUAGGUCGCCAGUAGAAGAUGAAGAGGGCUCUGAGAAGGAUCAGAGACCAGACGACGAUAUGGGACUUGAUGAUGUAAUCCCUGAAGAGGAUCCUCGCUACGAGUCAGAAGAUGAACAUGUUGAAUCUAGGCACAGGGACAGGCCUGUUGGCCCUCCUAUGGAAGUAGAAAUUCCUUUCCGUCCUCCUCCUGGUGAUCCUGAAAAGCUGAAUAUGAUAAAAGUUUCUAAUAUAAUGGGCAUUGAUCCAAAGCCAUUUGAUGCCAAGACAUUUGUUGAAGAAGAGACAUUUGAGAGUGAUGAACCUGGAGGGAAGAUGCGUAUUCGUCUAGCAAAUAAUAUUGUGCGCCAUAGGUUUGUUAAGGGUCGAGAUGGUAAAACAUAUAGUGAAAGUAAUGCUCGGUUUGUAAGGUGGUCAGAUGGAAGCUUACAGAUAAUGAUAGGACACGAAGUUCUUGAUAUAACUGAACAAGAUGCAAGACAAGACCAGAAUCACCUUUUAGUCAAACAUGAAAAGGGAAUCCUUCAAUCACAAGGAAAGAUUAUGAAGAAAAUGAGAUUUAUUCCAUCAUCUCUAACGUCAAAUUCGCAUAGGCUUUUGACUGCUCUUGUUGACUCGAGGCAAAAGAAGGACUUCAAAGUUAAGAACUGUGUCACUGACAUUGACCCUGAGAGGGAGAAGGAGAAGAGGGAAAGGAUGGAAAGCCAAAACCUCAAGGCUAGUACAAAGCUGAGUCAAGCAAGGGAGAAAAUUAAGCGCAAGUAUCCACUUCCUGUUGCGAGGAGACAACUUUCCACUGGAUACUUGGAAGAUGCUCUCGAAGAGGAUGAAGAGACAGACCAGUAUGGUUCACACCGCUCAAACCGUGGCUAUGAGGAGGAUCUUGAAGCUGAAGCGCAACGAGAACGAAGGAUAAUGAACGCCAAGAAGAGCCAGAAAGGCUUUUCAGGGAGGUCUUCAAUGACUUCAGCGAGACCAACAAGGCGUCAAGAGUAUUCAGAGAGUGAGAGAGAGGAAUCAGAGUAUGAGACUGAGGAAGAAGAAGAAGAGGAGGAAGAGGAAAGGCCACGUUCACGUAAAAGAGUCAAGGAGCCAGAAGAUGAGUAUGAGGAGGAAGUAGAAGAAGAUGAAGAAGAAGAAGAAGAAGAAGCUGAGGGAAUGAGGGGAGGUAAAGACGGUGGUGGUAGUGGCCGGAAAAGGAAAGGGAUUGAGUCAGAUGAGGAGGAGGAGUCUCCUCCGAGAAAAGCUCCGACUCAUCGUCGUAUGGCCAUGGUUUACGACAGUGAUGAAGACUAACACUUCUCAUCUAUCGCACUCUCCUGUUUCAUGAACUUUUUUUUUAUAUUCAGUCUUGAAGUAGACUCGCUUUAAUUA